GGCCUACACCCAGCCGGAUCUUAACUGCUGACGUGUCAGCUCCUGUUUCCCACUGCUCAUGCUCCGGCGGCGGAGGAGUCAAGUCCGGCUACACAAACUGCCAACAUGGCAGCAAAACACUUUUACCGACCAGGCUUUUUAUUAUUACUUUUAUUUAAUUUAAUGCCAACUUCAGCCUUGGAGAGGAGGUUUUCUGACUUUAAACGAUGCGCAGACGAGGAGUGCAGCAUGCUUCUCUGUCGGGGGAAAGCGGUUACAGAUUUCUCAGGACCUGAUUGUCGGUUCCUUUCCUUCAAAAAGUCAGAAACUGUUUAUGUUUAUUACAAGUUGUCAGGAAGGAGGGCUGACAUUUGGGCAGGAAGUGUUGGAAGCAGCUUUGGGUAUUUUCCAAAGGAUCUUCUUGCAGUAAACCACCUUUAUACUGAAAAAGAACUUGAAAUUCCGACAGAGGAAACAGAUUUUGUCUGUUUUGAAACAGGACAUGAUAAGUUUGAAACCUAUGACAUAGAUAAAUUGUUAGGUUUCCCAGCAGAAACGCAGAAUGUUGAAAAUAAUGGAACUUCUGAACAAAUCCCUGAAGUAGUGGUUGCUCAGAAACAAGAGGAGCAUCACAGCAUCGUCGAAGAACCACAAGAUUUAAUUACAUCCUCACCAGAACUGCACACAUCUACUGAAUCUACGUUAAGGGCUGAUGUAGACUCUGAUUCAGAGUUUGUGCCAAAAGAAGGGGAAAACUUUGCCCUUGAACCUUCUCAAGAUAGUGAAACCAAAGAUUUGUCCACUGAAGAAGAGUCUGUGCCUGAAGGGGAGGUCGUUGACAAACCAGCGUCUGUGUCAGAAACGGUGCAGAUCCCCAAGUUAAAAACGACCCUCGGAACAACUUUUGACGCUGUGACUUCUGAUGACGAAACCACCACUAAGGUUACCCCUCAAGUAGAGGAGGACACUGAAGAUGUUAAAGAUCCUCCGGAGGAGGUGGUAGAGGAUGAAAAGGGAACGCCUCUGCUCACUUUCUCAGAAGAGACGGCGGUCACUCCAGCACCAGAGACGGAUACUACAGUCCAGAAAGAUGAACCGAGGACGACACAGGAGAAAAACAUGUGGACGACACUCGGAGAUGCUGUAUUUUCAGCCGUCACCGGUGUCGAAACCACAUCCGAAGAUGUGGAUUCAGAGGAAGACGACGAUGAGGAGGAGGAAGAGGCUGUAGAAACCCCACAAAGUUCUAACGUUUUACCAGAAUCCCAAAAGGAUCCAGAGUACGAGGAUCCAGUUCCAGAUGUUUCAGAAUCUAAGCAGUCGAAUCUCAGUGGUGAUUCUAAUGAUCUAUUGGCUGAAAAGGAUGAAGAGAAAUGGGCGGAAAAACCAGUAGAGGAACCAACCCAUCAUCAAGAGGAUGUUUUCAGCAACACUGAUUCUGAAAAGCCAAAUAUUGAGCCGAUUGAAGACAAAAACAAAGAGGUUUUAAAGCAUUCGGAGAAUGAAUCAAGUGUUACAGAGCAGAUUCCUCUCAGUGUUUUAACUGAAAACGACACCGUGAUUCAUCAAGAAUCAGUCGAUCCAAAAAUUGAGGAAGAUCAGGAGUAUCCCUCCGACGGAAGUGAAUAUAACGACUCGAGUGAACCUGAUCGCAGAGAUGAUCUGUCAGUGAUGGAUGUGGAAAUGAAUAGCAGUUACACAGAAUUAUCUUCAGAAACCUCCAAGCAGAAAGACGAAGCUGAAAACCAAGUAGAAGCUGAAACGGAGGAGGAACAGCUGCUCGAAGACGAAAACGCCCUUUCCUUCUCUCAGGUGAACGAUGGACCCUCAGACGAGCCAGAGUCCGUCCUGCCAACCCCAGAACCAGAAUACAGUGAAGACAUCAUGAGACUCACGUUGCUUAGAGACCACUUCACAGAGAACAAGUUGGAGCGGCUCCACAAACUUCUGGGGCUUCCGAAUCUCUUCAAAGUGGAAGCCAUGUUCGCUGAUCUGGACACGGAGUUGCAGGCGACCCGUUUGUCCGACGGCGACAGCGCGCAGGACAUCGAAAACAUUCUGGAGAACAUCCUGGAAGCAUCUGAGAAUUCUAUCCUCAACGAGAUUGAGAAGAUGAUGGAUACCAGAGACAAAGAGCGAGAGGAACACAGCCCGGAGGAUUUCGACGAGGAAGCUGAACUUUUGGAUGAUUUUCAGGAGCUUGCUUUCAGCCUGCGACAAAAAUACUCUACAGUGAGUGACAGCACGGCUUUAGCUAACGAAAAAUCACCCGAUAACAAUCAGGAUGAACCAUUGGCACAUGUAGAAGAACGUACAGUCCAUGUUGAGGAAACAAAAGCUGACGGCAUAUCAGAGACCAAUCAAGACCCAACAGGCGCCCAUCAAGAGGACGUCCUGGUAAAGGUUGUAGAGAAUGAAGAGAUCCAGCUAAAGACUGAAGAGAAGGAGGAGAUCCCCGUAAAGACUGAAGAGAAGGCGGAGAUCCCGGUAAAGACUGAAGAACAAGAAGAGAUCCCAGUAAAGGUUGAAGAAAAAGAGGAGAUCCCCGUAAAGACUGAAGAGAAGGAGGUCAUCCUAGAAGAGGUUGAAGAUAAAGCGGACAUCCCAAAAGAGGUCGAAGAGGAUGACAUCCCAGUAAAAGCUGAAGAGAAGGAGGUCUUUAUGGAAGAGGUCACGGUUGUGUCAGACGUCAACACAGAUGAGGAGGCUGAACACUACAAUAAAACCAAAGGCGAUCUGCCGAGUUUCAGUCCAACGGAUGAGAUGCAAAAGGCCUCCCAAAGCACGUCCUCAGAGGGAUCCAUAGAGACAGAAGAACCAAAAGCAGAAAAACAAGAGGAAGAAAUUGGAUCAUUCACUACUGGAGUUGUUUUCGCAGGCGUCCUCGUCUCAGUAAUCAGGAAUAAAACUGAAGAAUGGACCACUGUGAUCAUCUCAUUACUGCCAGAAGAGUGGAAGCCAGGGGAAACGCUGUUUGGCUGUCCCUGGGAGGCUGUUGUCGUCACAGCUUUAGUUGGAGUUCUGACCUUCAUAAUCUUCUUCUGGAGGACCAUACUAGCCGUCAAGAAAAGAGAAUAUCUCUUGGAUGAGCAAAAGCUGAAAGAUCAAAUUCAGGCUCUCAAAAAAGAGAAGACUGAUGCUCUGGCUAAAAUAUCUGAGCUCCAGAAGCAAGCCAAAGAAUUUAAAGAACAUCAGAAACAGACUAAAGAAACUGCUAGUAGCACGAAAAAAAAGAUGCAGGACUUGGAGAGUAAGGUUUUAGAAAUGGAAAAACGGAAUGAAAGAAUUGCAGAGGAAAGAAAUAAUUAUGUAAAACUCCUCGAAGAAGAGCGGACAACCAGUCUACAAAAUGAAACCAGGAUUGAAAAAUUGGAGAAGUCAAAUGAGAAGUUGCAAAUUAGCAGGAAGAAGAUUCAAGAAGCGCUCACGAAGACCACCGUCCUCCUGGAUGAAGUUAAAAUCCGAGAAGAUGCUCGAAGUGCUCAACACAAAUGUGUACAGAAGGAAUAUGCAGCUUUAAAGGAAGAGAACAAAACCCUGAAAGCCACUAUUAAAAACUGGGAGGACAAACACAAGGAGCUGAACGAGAAGAUUAAAGUCUAUCAAAAGUCCCAGAAGGAACUGGAGGACUCUGUAGUGCUUAAAGAUCACAACGUGGAGGUUCUGUCUCAGCUUCUGGCAGAUCUAGACGCUUGUGAUCUUCAAAAAGGGGAGAUUUCUGUUUUAGCCAAUGGGGAGAUGACAGGCGAUAAGAAGACGAUCAUAAAAAACAGAAUCAAGCAGCUGAUGGAUGUUUCCAGGGUCCAGACCACUCUCACUGUCAUUGAAGAGGAGCGAGAUCGCUUCAUGGCAAAGCUCCUAAAUGAAGAGAAGUCCAGGAAGGAGCUGGAAGAAAAGCACCAGGAGCUGGAACACGCCAUCGGAUCCCUCAAAAGUGAUAAAAGCCACAUUGAAAACCAGCUGAAGAUCCUUCAGCAAAAAAAUGAAAUCAUGGUCGAGAUGUACCAGCAGAAGGAAAACGCUCUGCAGCAGAGGUUAACGAAGGAGGAACUGGAGCGCCGGAGCAAAGAGAAUAUGCUGACAGAGGUGGGAGAUAAAGCUCUGGAGGCUGAGGAGCAGGUUAAAGUCUUAAGACAGCGCAUCGGUGAGAUGGAGGAGCAGAUGAAGAAGACGGAGCAGGUCUACAAGGAGCAGAUAAAAGAGCAAGAAAACAAGACUCAUUCCAACUGGGUGAACGCUCGCAAUGCGGAGCGCGCUCUAAGUCAGGAGAAGAUUGAAUCAUCCAAACUGCGAGAAAAACUUGCUGUAAUCACCUCCCAGCUUAACGAACGCCGCGCUCCUCUCUUCAGGCCAAACUCGGGUCAGGCUGCAGGCCCCCGCCAAGGUGAUUCUUAUGGGCCCUCUCCUGUGAGUGGGGGCGCUCCGUCCCCUCCUAUAAUGAUCGAGGGGCCCAGGCGCCCUCCUUCUGCCCCAGUGGGGCGAAGAAUUGACCCGUACGGUCCUCGUCCUCCAUCGGAUCCACACGGUCGUUUCUCGGAGAACAAACCCGCUCCUGUGAUGGACAUGGUUGGCCCUCGCAGCUCAUCGCCAGCUAACCUAGACUCGUCUACUCAGGCAGUAGAAGUGCAGCAGGUAGAAUCAGACAGUCAGGCUGUGGCUUCCACAGAGAGUCCAGAGCCAGGGCCUGGCUCCUUCAUGGUAUCCCCCAUCAGAGACUCGCCCGGCCCCAUGGUUCCAGGACCUCCGCCGGGCCCCGGGCUCCAUGACCCACGUUUCCCCCCGCCGGGACCCUACAGGCCCCCGCGACCGGGCCCGUACCAGCUCCCGCCGGGGCCCUUCCCACCAAAUAUUCCUCCUCUUCGCGGUCUUCCUCCCCCAGCCAACGGACACCCAGGGAAACCCCUGCCCGGACCUUUAGGGGGAGAUUAUGGACCUCCGCCCGCCAACGGACACGCAUACCUCCCUAGAACGGGCCCCGGACCCAUGAUGGAUCCGCGGGGUCCUCCACCGCCACACUUCCGUCCUCCACCACUUCACCCGUUUGGACCAAUGCCCCCACCACACGUUCUCCGCGGCUCGCUGGGACCCCGUCCUCCACCCCCCGCCGACCUGCGGUUCCCAGGUCCCCGAGACGCCUACGGCCCACCGAUGGACCUGCCUCCCCAUUCUGGCCCCGUCGGUGACUCUUAUCCCCUCCAGAACUCGGCGGGGGCUCAGGGAGGCCCCGGACCGGGCCUGCAGGUGAAGCAGGAGCCCCCUCAGGACUCGAGGCCAGCAGCGGUCCAGCCUUAAACAAAACGGCACCAGCCCCAGAAAAGGAUUUGAACUCAUCGUCCCCCUCCAAAAAAAAAACAGAUGCAGUCCAACAUGGUGAUUUUCAUGUUUCUGUUAGACUUUACAUUUUUAUUAUUAAAACAAAUGUCUUUAGGAGGAAAAAAAAAAAAAAAUCAGCGUCUAAAUUUAUGACUUGAAGUUUGCCACUUGGAACUGUGCAAUAAUCUGUCUGUGAGUGUGAUGAUCUUUAAGGGGCAUUUUUUUAGUUUUCUGUGGAAAUUGUUUUUAAUAAAAGGAGAAAACCAGUAUUGGAUUGGGUGGGGGCGGGGUCAUCUUCUAACAUUUCAGUUAAACCAGUUUCCAGAAAUGAUUCCAACAGUAUAAACAGCAUUUUAAGGGAAGAUGUAUCACCUAUUUUACUACUUUGGUAGGAAUUUUAAUAAAGUAUGUCAGAGCUGUCAGUGUUAUGUUCUGAAAGGA